AUGGCUGUCCCCCGCAAUAGCGAAGUAUGCAGUUUGCCCUCUCUAAGCUCGCAGCUAAGCCGCGCGAGAUACCGCAUCUUUCGGGAGAAGGCAGUCACAUUUCUCAUGUCGUCUGGCCGGCACAGCAACGACCGGUCGAGCCGCGAAGGCUCUGAGAGGCUGCUGGGCAGUCGCGAAGGCUCCUCGCCCGACACCUCACCCUCAAGCCGUCCCUCUGGGCAGCCCUCGCCCACGUCAGGCUCUAGCUACACCCUGCUGAGCAACAGAGGCACCUCAUCCCCGUCCAUCCCCGACCCCGAGAUUCGUGCGGCCAUCGAGGGCUCUCCCUAUCCCCUCACGCUGCCCACAGCCCCGCAGCCAACCGGCAACCAUCAGCCUGCAGGCCGGCUGUCAUUUAAUGUGUCAUAUCCACAGCGCGGGGGGACCCCGGCAAGCAGUCGCCAUGGUUCGAAUGACAGUCUGGGCAGCAAGGAGGGCACCCCUCGCAGCACGGCGUCAUCGUCGCGGCGCAAGUCCAAGCUGAUGUCGACGCGGCAGCCAUCGACGGGGUGUAGGGCGUGCUUCAUCUGUCUGGAGGACGAUUCGUCGGAGGAGCUGGUGGGGUGCUGCAGCCAGUGCUACGCCAUGGUGCAUCGCCGCUGCUGGCGCGAGUGGCGCAGCAACCAGCGGUUGAACCACAUCCGCUCGCGGCUGCUGGGCUAUGCGGCCCCGAACCCCUCCCUGUGUACCAUAUGCAAGACGGGCGUGUCGCGUGUCAUUGGCGAGGAGGAGGGCGGCGCGUGGGACGGGUCGUCGCCCGUAGCUGGCGACAGGCGGUCGGCGGAGGCGGCGCUGCAGGAUCAGUUCCUCGAGACGCUCAGCCGAGUGCUACGCAACAGCGAUGAUGACGACGACGACCUGGACGAGCCGCCUUUGUGCGCCGGCCCGACGCCCAUCUUCGGUGCGGCGCUCAUCUUUUUGGUGAUCGUGUUCGACCUCGUGUUCAUAUCCAUGACCAAGGCGUGGGCAGGUGGGUCGAUGGACAGAUCGAUGGAUGACAGACAGACAAAGGGAGCUUGCCUCAUGUCAUCCUCCUUCUGUGUCGAAUGAAACACUGAUCAGGUGACGUCGUCCUGCUGUCCUUGUUGGCCAUCUACGAGUUCUUCGUGAUGCAGCUUGUCAUCAUGGCCAUCUACCAACGGCGGACAGCCCUGCAGUCGUUCCUCACCUGGCCCAUACCCGAGCCGGAACGACGGGCAGACAGGCAGCGUAGACAGCGGUCGCUGAUGCAGUUGUCUGCGCUGCCCGACAGCCCUGGCCGCCGCGGUGGUGAUGGUGGUGUGGAUGAGAACAGGCGGGCGUUGAUGGCCGAUGUGGAUUUGGAGAGGGGCGCGGACGAGAGGGAACGGGCAUGGGGUGACGAAAUCAUCUCGUGAGAGGCAGGGUGAUUGGCGGGGCUGGGCGGGCCGGGAUUGCCGAUGCUGUGUUUUUGUGUUGUGUCGCGAGAGGCAGGCAGAGAGGGGGGUCGACUGGACUGGACAGAGACAUUAGAUAUGGAUCGGAUCGGUCAUGUGGCCUACCUACAUGUCUGCCUGCAUCAAACCAAACGGACGCUGCGUGCGUGUGUCGACCAAUGUAUGUACGUACACAAUACACAUUUCCCUGCCGCUCUCGUUUGUGUGUGAAUCUGACCCUCUCGAU